GCGCAACACCUUUUGUUUAGAAGCCCUUCACUGAAGAUAAGGAGCAGCUGUGGUUUUAAUCUCCAUCAUCACAUCGAGAGGGACAUCGAGUCACCAUGAGGACCACUGACAUUCUCCUGCUCUGCAUCCUGGGAUAUGCGCUGCUCUCCUUUGUGAACUGCGCAAAUGGAAUCGGCCCAGACGAUUGCUGCUUCACACCUUACCCGAGAAGAAUGAACAAAAGUCUCAUAAAAUCGUAUUGCAUGACUGAUUACAGAUGCUCCAAGUCUGGAGCCAUUCUGGUUACAAAAAAGGGUCGUCGCAUCUGUGUCGAUCCGAAUCUCUCCUGGGUCAUUGGCAUCAUGAAACACAUUGAUGAAAGCACCUUUUGAACCAGCUGCCUGCUCGCCCUCCUUCAAAGUUACAGCGUCUUUUGUUGCUUCAUCAAAACGCAUAUUUUUAAUCAAAGUCUGUUGAUUUGCCUCCUGAUGGAGUCGUUUUGAGCUUGUGUCGGCGCAUUGACCAACUUAUCCUGUGUUUUUGUUACUUCUUUUGGAUGCUUUGUAAUACCCACAACAUCACACUGUAUCAACCUCAUACAAAUAAAGUGAAUUGUGUAAAA